ACACACUUUCCAAACAUGAAGAUGAGAUUAAUUGUUGUCCUUUUUUUUUUAAACAUCGUUUUCAUCUGCAACGGGCUCCAUGUGUUGGGCCCCUCUGGUCCUCUGGCUGUCCAGCCUGGAGGCUCUGUGAUGCUUCCCUGUUAUGUUCAAACUCCCAUACCAGUGGAAGAGCUGGAAGUGGAGUGGAGAACAACAGACUCUGAAACUAUAGUGCAUUUGUUCCAAGAUGGAGAGAGUCAACCAGAGUCUCAGGACCAGGCUUACCAUGAUAGGGCAAAUUUCUUUACUGAGGACAUCACCCAUGGAAACUUCUCUCUCUUACUAACAGAUGUGACCUCUAAGGAUAUAGGAGUUUACAAGUGUGUUGUUUACAGAAGCCAGGAAUCUAAUGAAACUUUAAUUGAAAUAAAGAUGAGUGAGUAUUUGUCUGUGUCUGGAGGACAUGUUGUGUCUGCAUAUGUGGGGGACGACACCACUCUGAACUGCUCUGUACACUCCCACAUCCCCCCAGAGGAGCUUCAGCAGGUCUCUUGGAAAAAGAUGGAUCAAAAUAUUAUAGUAUUGCUCUUUGUAAAGGGUGAAAUUCAACCAGAGUCGACCCAUGACAGAUACAGAGACAGAGUUGAGCUCUUCAACCCUGAGGAAAUACACAAAGGAAACUUGUCAAUGAAACUGACAAACGUCCAAACUGGAGACAAGGGCCUGUAUAUAUGUGAAGUUCUCAAUGGGGCAUUAUCAGCUAACACAACUGUGGAAAUAUUGCAGCUUGGUUUAUCCAGUAUGCACAUAGCGGUACUGUUUCUUUGUGCUUGUGUUUGUUUCUGUGGAACUUCCCUUCUGCUUGUCUGCAUACCAUGUUCAUGUAUUAAAUUGGACGAUAACCACAUGAUAAAAAUACAGUAUACCCUUGUCUUUUGUCCAAAUGUUGUUAUGUUCAUUGCCUACAUCCUAUGGGGUCAGACUGAAGGAUUUUUCAGUGAGGUAGCUGUCUGUUCAGCUAUUAAUCUCACGAGGAUUUUUCGACUGCUGUAUUAUUCUCCAUUCACUUCUAAAGGAAUGAAACUAUUAAGUUCAUUAGAAGGUAUUGUGAUGUUGGCUGUUGUUUAUUCAGUGAUGUGGCGUGUCUGGGGUACAGACUACAAAAUCAUGCUGGCUGUUGUUGGGGCUAUAGCACUGUUCAUCAUCAUAAGAAUGAAAACAUCUUACCACAUGUGA